UUUAGGUGAUUUGGAAAGUUUUUGGAAAAUUUUCCCUUCUCGGUGCAUGAUUUUCGUACGACACAAUUAUCAAGGUCUUCAGAAAAGUGCUGUGCUCACUUUUUGCUUUCGGAGGUUUGUUGAUGGUAAUGCGCAACAAGUGGUGGAAGUCAGUGAUAAAUGGGAUGAGGUUGGAAAACGGAAUAUCUCGGGUGGGGAUUCUGAGUCAGAUUUGUCCGCAUUUAACAAGAAGGAAGAUUUUGCAUCGAAACAAAUAAAUAGCAUUAAUAGAACUCAAUCCCUGCAAAACUCCUCAACACGACGGAAAAAACAAAAAGUAGAGGCCAAUCGAUUUCGGCCUGUUGUAUAUUCAGAGGGAGAACUGGAUAAGUCGAACUUUAUGCAGCCACCUUCAAGGGAUAAUCCACUUCCUUUCGAUCCAUCCACAAAUCCGUCAAUUUUACCUCCGACACACUCGUGGUCUAUUGCUCAUUAUGUGAAUCACUUACCAGUAUUGCAAGUACUAGUCGAACUAGGCAUGGAUUUGUUUGAGGUGGAUUCAGCAACACAUAUCGGUCGUAAGCUAGUAAAAUUAAAUUGGGAAAAUGAUGUAAGACCGAAACUUGUUUGGUUGAUCCAUCAAGUUGGUAUGCCCAUAACCGCUGUCGGCUCAUAUUUAACACGAAAUCCGUAUUUCUUACUGCAAGAUUUGGAAACCAUGCAAAUACGAUUAAAUUACCUUUACACAAAGCAGCUGAAUAAAGCGAAAAUCCUUAAAAUCGUGAAAAACAAUAGGUUUUGGUUGAACACGGAUGUCAAAACAACCGAUGCUCGCCUGGGGUGGAUUCAGAAAACCUUUGAGCUGACAGGCGAUGAAAUGCGUCAACUAAUAGUUACCGAAUCAAGAGUCAUUAUGUAUGGUGUUGGACCGCUCGAAGUAAGCGCGUGGGUGAUGUCUUUGUUGCAGAAGUUUCGAUGAAUUUUAUGGUCCUGAUGCGACAUUUUAGAACGACUGGUUACUAUGUUGAAUGAAGAAAUGGAAUUUACAAAAGAACAAAUUAAGGAAAUUUUGCUGAAAGAUCCGAGGGUGUUCAUGAUGGAGCCGAAUGCUCUACAUACAACGUACAAUUACCUUCGUUUCACUAUGCAUCUAUCAAACUUGCAAAUUGUUGAAUGGCCAUUAUGUUUGAGAUUUUCCAUUGGAGCAAUCCGCAGGCGACACGAAUUUUUGGUACAACUCCAUAAAGCUGACUAUAACGAAGGUUCACCAAACUGUGUACAUCUUAGUUCUCUGUUACAACCAUCCGAUCAAAAAUUUGCUCUUAAUGUAGCGCAUACAUAUUUGAAUGUAUAUAAUGCUUUCUUGAAAAACUAUUGAUUGAUUUUUAUCGUUUGAUUGUUCAGCUUCAAGCGUUUUUAUGUUUCGCAUUUUUUAUAUUUGACAAAUAUAACAUGUGUAUAAAGUUCCACUAUUUGGAUUGGGACAAAAAAAUAAAUUAGAA